ACUAUAUACCUCUCCCACUUUUACUACCAAACCACUUGUUAAGUAGAACGUGAUAUUUACAAAUGCUUCCUACAUUCAACAUACGUGAGACAUUUCAGGUUUUUACACUCUUACCGCAUAAGAAGGACUUCGCUUGGAGCAAUGAAUAACGCCUUUAGAAAUUCCUUGUUAAUUUAAUUUUAUGUAAGAUGAGAGGAGGAGCUUAAUGACGUCAUAAGAAGGAAAGUUGAGAGGUUCAUGAUCAGUGAUGUGAUGGUGUCGUAGAACAUAGAAGGAACAUAAAGUUAUCUGUCUUUAAUAGCUUGUGAUCAAUAAUCAUGUCUCGACUUACUUGCUUUGUUUUGCUGCAAUUUCUUAUUACUUACGCUGAUCGUGCAGAAUCACGGACACAAGAUUAUGUUUCAUCGGGAGAUGGCCGGCUACCCAGCAAGUGUGAACUUUACGCUGGAAACAUAUGCUCAAAAUUCGUUGGUCAACAGUCUGUGUUUGUCAAGCCGCUCGAAGCACAAACAGCGAAAGAGUUACAAAUGACCGCGUUAGUCCGUGUUUUUCCUGAUUACAUAUCAUCGCAAUGUCAGCCAUACGCUUUCCAGGCCCUCUGUUUGUCAGCAUUUCCGCCUUGUGAUUUGACUGUGAACUAUCCUAAACCUCGUAUGCUCUGUCAGGAUGAAUGCAGAGCAUUGGAACAAUUUAUCUGUGCAAAUGAAUUCCAUGUCGGUAGAGCUAAAUAUAUGACGUCAUUCGUGCCACCAUGUUCAAAAUUACCCAGUGUUAACUCUCCAGAACACAAGAAAUGUGUUCGUCUUAAUUUAACAAUGGAUAAACCUGAAUUCAAAUUGGAAUUGAAGAACAAAACAGUGACAGUUGGUGACACAGUAGUUUUUAAAUGUAAAGUAAAGCCAACAGACAUACCUCCAACUAUAACUUGGUAUAAAGAUGGAAAAAACAUUCCAGCUGGCCAUGCAUUUUAUAAAACCCACUGGUUUCGCUACAGCUCAAGAAUGAAAAUGCGACGUAUUAGGACGCAGGAUUUUGGAAAAUAUACAUGUCAUGCAUCCAACUACAUUACAAAUGUUUCAACACACAGCUGGCUCACUGUUCUUCCUCGGGCUAAUUUGUCAAAACAUUCGAAGACUAACAGCAAGUCCAGUUGUGGUUAUUUUGGAGCAAGCUCAGUGUGUGGAGAAUAUUUACGAGGAAAAAAAGUUUUUUUUCGUGAUCCAACAAAAACCGACGAACAUGAAAUUCUGAUUCAGAAUACGCUGUCCAGGUCAAACAUGUCAGCCGAAUGUCACAAGUUAGCAACUGCUGCCUGGUGUUAUUAUAUGUUUCCAUCGUGUGUCAAAAAUGACGUAAUGAAGCACAGACUGUGCAGGGAAGAUUGUCAUAAAGUGAAAAGAAAAUUUUGUAAAAACCAAGUUCCGGAUAUUUUCCCAGAAUGUUCAACCUUGCCAAAACGAAAUGGAAGACGAGGAAGACGCUGUGAAAAACCAAAACCAAAAAAAGUGAUUAUUGAACUGAAGCCAAAUAUGUGCGGCAAAUACAAGGGGAAUGGCUUCUGUAGCAAAUAUAUCAAAAAUGAUACGAUAUAUUUCUACAAGAAAGGUUAUCAAUAUGAGUUGGAGGACAAAAUUUCAACCAGGAUCGAAAAAUUUAAAAUUUCCGAGAAUUGCUCCCGAUUUGGAAUUCCUGCGAUAUGCUUCCAUUUGUUCCCUAUUUGUUCGCACAAUGAGAGAAAAUCGCGAUUGUGUCAGGAAGAUUGCACAAGGCUGAAGACUGAUGUAUGUCGUGAUGUUGUGUCAUAUUUAGAAAUGAUUCUCCCAAAAUGUCAAGAAUUGCCACGUGCAAACACAGAGGAAGGGGCGUAUUGUGUUGAUCUUGGAAUAUUUAGCAAAGUUAAGGAAAAAACUUCUAUCAAACCGAAUAAAAGAGAAAAUGCAACUUUAUAUGAACCAAGCCAUGAAUGCUACAAUAACUCUGGCGCAGCGUAUCUUGGAACAGUGAAUGUUACUGUGUUUGGCAACUUUUGUAUCCGUUGGAAUGAACGACGCCCAAGCUAUUCUUGGAAGCAUAAUUUUUGUCGCAAUCCAGGAGGUAAAGCUGAGUCUCCAUGGUGCUAUGUCAGUAAAAAGGGAAGAAGAGAAUACUGUGCUGUAAAAAGAUGUGAUAAUCUAUCUUCCGCUUUCCAUAAAUCAGGAGUUGAAAGUACAUCGUUGGGAAGAACAAUCUACGUCGUAAUUGCAAUCGUCGCAGUAAUCUUGCUGGGUUGUAUUACAGUUAUUGUGUAUUGGAAAGUUCAAAACUCUAAAGAAAGUGUUGAUAAUUCCCCCCAGAAUUCUGCCACACCGUUUGCAAAAUGCAGCUCAUCUCAGCUCAUUGACGUCAGGGAAAGUACUUCAGUUCAAUCCUUUGUUUUGAACGAGAAAUUGACUCGAGGUCGAGUGAAAUACAUCAGUGUGAUAAGCGAUGGAAAGUUCUUUAAAGUCUUCAAAGGUGUACUUAUCAAUGAAAAUGGAAAACCAAACAUGGAUAUUGUUAUCAAGACUUUGUCAGACGAUGCAAGUUCUGUCGAAAAAGAAACAUUCCGUAGAGAGACAAGAUUAUUAUGUCCCUUGCAACAUAUGAAUAUAUUAGGCUUGCUUGGUUUAUCCCCUGGGGAAGGCAUGGAGUUCGUGGUCUUCGAAUAUCUGAGCGAAAUGAAUCUUCAUCAGUUCUUGAAGCAGAGUGAAAUUAAUCCAUCCGAGGAUAUUCUCGUGGAUAUUGCUUGCCAAAUUGCUAACGGGAUGAAAUAUUUAUCUGAAUUUAGUUAUGUUCAUGGUGAUCUAGCUGCAAGGAAUUGUUUUAUCUCAGCGAAUGAAGGUAAUUUCAAUGUGAAGAUUUCCAUGCUGGGUAUUGGAACUCAUAAAUAUCCAUCAGACUAUGAUUGGUUGCAUCAGGAUAAUUCGUUGUUCCCAAUUCGUUGGAUGUCACCUGAAGCACUCGAUUCACUUGUUUUAACAAGCGAAAAUGAUAUAUGGUCAUUCGGGGUGUUGUUAUGGGAGAUAUUCUCUUACGGGCUACAACCAUAUCAGCAGUAUAAUAACGCUGAAGUCACGGACAAAAUCCGAUCUCUGGAACUUUUGCAAUGCCCAGUUCACUUGUCACAGACUAUCCGAAAUUUGAUGAACAAUUGCUGGACAGUCGCGCCUUCGUCACGACCAAAUUUUGUGACAAUUUAUGACGUACUAAAUAGCCAAAGACGUUACGUUGUGCUUGAUGACGUCAUACAGGAAGUACAAGUAUGACUUGUGAGAAAUGUAGUAUAGAGUUGCACUACAUGAAAAUGUAUUCACAGGAGUUUACUGUUGCUGAUAUAAUAGACACACCGCUGCUGCAAGUUGGGCCUGGUUUAGGCACAGAAAAUUUGACAGUGUAAACCAGGUUUUAAGAAUAAAUUUUACUGGAAAAUAAUCUAAAUCAAUGCAGCCUAAAAUACAAACUUGCACCUUUGAAUACGUUAUCAUAUUUUUAAAUAUAUAUUUCCUUUAAUUUAUAAGCCAUGCACCAUACAAUAUAUCCGCACACAAUGUAAAUAUUUUUUGUUCCUUUCGUUAUUUUCGUACGUUAUUUUGUGCGCUUCUCAAUAAACGAA